GCAUCUAUCAACAUGUUCUCUUCAUUGUGGCAACAUCGCUUUAUUUACGUUUCGGAAGUUCUAUGAGCCUUACGUAGCCUGAAGUGCCCAACAAGCUAAAAAUUAGCAAUCAUGCAGAACGAAGCUGGUGAAUAUGUUGACCUGUAUGUGCCACGCAAGUGCAGCACUUCAAACAGGAUCAUCCAUGCAAAAGACCAUGCCUCCAUCCAGAUCAAUAUUGCUGAGGUGGAUGAGCGAACUGGUGUGAUGACCAUGAACUACACCACCUAUGCCAUCUGUGGAGAAAUCAGGAAAAUGGGAGAAAGCGACGACUGCAUUUCCCGGCUGGCUAUCCGCGACAAAAUCCUCGUGAAGUGCGAUUAAAACGGAGCCGUGAAGUAAA